GCAGCAGGACUGAAUGGAGCACCAGCACUGACCCACCAAAAAUCUGCACCCAACAAACUACGAGGGCAACAGAGUAAAACAAUGGAGGAGCAGUCUGCAGGCUUUGUUGUGGCAGACUACGCAGUCUUUGCUGCCAUGUUGUUGGUCUCUAUGGCCAUCGGACUCUUCCAGGCCCUGAAGAAGAGGCCAGGGGACGCCACUGCUGAUGACUUCUUCACCGGGGGUCGGAGCAUGCCUGUAGUUCCUGUUGGGCUGUCGCUCUGUGCCAGUUUUAUGUCAGCAGUCCAGGUUCUGGGUGUUCCCGCCGAGGCUUCUCGCUAUGGCUUUAAAUUCCUCUACAUGUGCCUUGGACAAAGCAUCAACUCCCUGCUGACAGCUUACCUCUUCUUGCCAGUUUUCUUUCGACUGGGCAUCACCAGCACCAACCAGUAUCUGAAGAUGAGAUUUGGCAGAGGAAUGCAGCUAUUGGGGAGUGUCCAGUUUCUGGUGGCGACGCUGCUUUACACAGGGAUUGUCAUAUAUGCACCUGCCUUGAUCCUCAACCAAGCUACUGGACUCAAUAUGUGGGUGUCUCUAUUUUCUACUGGGAUCAUUUGUACGCUGUACACAACACUGGGUGGCAUGAAAGCUGUAAUCUGGACGGAUGUGUUCCAGAUUAUUGUCAUGUUUGCGGGCUUUGUGGCCAUUUUCAUCCACGGCACAGUUCUGGUUGGUGGCCCUGGGGUGGUACUGGAGAUCGCCAAAAAUGGAUCACGCAUUAAUUUCAAUGAUUUUGGCGUUGACCCACGGAAGCGUUAUACCUUCUGGAGCCUGUCUGUCGGGGGUGCAUUGGUUUGGCUGUCAAUGUACGGAGUAAACCAAGCUCAAGUCCAGCGUUACAUCUCCUGCAGAACAGAGAGAGAUGCCCAGUGGGCAUUGUUUGUGAACCAAGUGGGUCUGUGCCUCAUAGUGAGCAGUGCUGGAAUCUGCGGCAUCGUCAUGUUUUCUUAUUACAUCAGCUGUGACCCGCUGAUGUCUGGGAGGAUCUCUGCCCCCGAUCUGUACAUGCCAUACUUCGUGUUGGAAAUAUUCAAAAAUCACCCUGGAUUUCCAGGUCUUUUCCUUGCCUGUGCAUACAGUGGGACUCUGAGCACGGCCUCCACAAGUAUCAAUGCUAUGGCUGCAGUAACAAUGGAGGAUCUGCUGCGACCUCACAUGCUCCGCAUGACCCAGAAGAAACUGGUCCUUGUUUCCAAAGGACUGUCGCUCCUGUACGGAAUCGGUUGUAUCACCGUGGCUGCUCUCUCCUCCUUCCUGGACUGGGGAGUUCUUCAGGGAUCGUUCACAGUCAUGGGGGUGGUCAGCGGUCCAUUACUGGGUGUAUUUAUUUUGGGGAUGUUUGUUCCAGCAACAAAUAGGCUGGGGGCGUUCUCAGGAAUAUUAGUGGGCUUCUGUGUAUCUCUGUGGCUGGCUGUUGGCUCAACUCUUUACCCACCCAGUGAGGAGACCAUGGGUGUCCUGCCCAGCUUAGGCGAAUGUAAAGCUAGCAACGUCACCCUGAACAGCACCCCACAUCAGGACCAACAGUCCAUCUCCGCCCUGCAUCACCCCGAUGACCAUGGGGGCCUGGUUAACUUCUACCACAUGUCCUACCUCUACUUUGGUGCCAUGGCGACUAGUUCAGUAGUGCUAGUUGGGCUGAUGGUGAGCUAUGCAACAGGACCAACAAAGAGGAGUCAAAUCAAAGAGGGUUUGUUAUGGUGGGAUCUUAAGAAAAAGCAUGUAGAGGUCCCAACAGAGCACAGAGCUCGAACAGUGUCAACAAUGUUUCCAUGCCUCCUGCACAAUGCAUGCUGGGAAACACUGCAACAGCCUAAUCUUGGAGACAAGGUGACUGACAAUCCACAGCUUGUGCCUUUGAGGAAUCUGCAUGAAGAAGAUGCAAAAGAAAAAGAAAAAGAACCAACAGAUGAGAAUAUUAAAUCACCACUCAGAGUUUAGGUGUUGGAAAACUUAACUUUUUUAAAAUCCCAAAUAGCUCUAAUGACCAUGGCAUGUCCUCUCUAGUGGCAGUCAAUGUUUUCAGUAGGCCUAUAAUGUAUUUUUUCCUCUGUCUCUUAGUUUGGUUCCAAGUCAGCUCCAUAUUAGGAGCUACAUUUAGGUAAAAUGAAAAAUUACUCCUUAACGCGAUUGAAUAAUGAAGGCCUUUAUUUAUGUGCCAAGGGACAUAUAGACUGUAAUCAAAGCCCCUCAGGUGUUAUUUGAAUUCUUCUAAUGUUGAAGGGCUCUUUCAUCACUUUAUUAUUCGGGUAUGUUUCAUAUCUGAGGCGAUGCACACCUGCACUUCAUCCAGUGUCAAUGGACAAGUGACAGGAGGCCUGAAGUAAGCUGUGUGUGCAUUAACGGUAACUCCUUCAUAAUUUAUGUUCAAGUUCAUGUCCUUAUGUUAUGUCACUGAAAGUGUCCUCUUAAUAGACAGUGGUGUGUGUGUGUGUGUGGGGGGGGGGGUCUUUUGUUAUUUAGAUAAGGUGGCAAUGUAUUUGAACAACACCUAUAACUGGGAGAUCUCAUCGCCUGUUAAGGCUUACCAUGUAAAUAUGAACGGAAAAUUUGUCAUUACUCCACACACAGUAGGGACUAGUCUCGGCACCACAGAUGUCAAUGAUAUAACCAAAUCGCCAUAAAUAUCAGCAUCCACUGCAUGCCAAAGUAACAUGAAAGACAGCCUAUGUUUUAAAUAGUUAAUUCAUGAUACUUUGUAGAUUAAAAAAAAUAAAUAAAAGUUUCCUUGAGCUCAACUCUGAUUGCUACUGUUCAGAUAAGUCUGUCAACCCACAGCCUGGCACCAGUUUCAACAGAGGAACAUUAAAGUGACACAGUCUAAGCAAUAAAACACGACAGUGCUACAAUCAGUAAACUACUCAGACUUUAUGACCCUUCUCUACUUGAGCUACUGUUAUGCAAUUUUUUAGCACUUAUCUCAUUACUGCCGCUUGUUGCC